ACAAGAUUGAAAUAUUAUACUAGAGUACUUAUCUGCUUUAGACUAUUUAUCCCUAAAACACGAUGCAUUGAAACAACUUAACCCUGUCUAAACGAGCUAGUUGUCAAUGUUUUCAGUAAGAUCCAAGGGUUGGAUUUACAUGCGAGGUGAAGACAAAGCAGACAAAGGAAGAAAAACAUGGAUCCUUCGAUUCUGUGUUGUCUUCGAAGAGGAACGCAUCUUCAAAAUAUUUCUCGAUGAGCAGGAAUACCUCAAUGAUCCAGCCUUCCAAGAAAAUAAUAACGAUAUAAAACCCAAGCAAGCCUGGAAAUCCAGAAUGGGAGAGUCCGAGUCACCAGAACUAGUCAGGCGUGGUAGGAGCCAGAGUCUUAUCACUCCAUCGGUUCAUCAGAAAUUAGCCGAGUUUCCUAGACGAUUAGCUAAUGGGAUCAGAUCGCACACUAGGUCUAACAGCGUUUCUGUCCAGACUAUUGAUACUGCGGAGUUUAUCAUGAAAUAUCAGGCCUUGAACCCUGAUCACCUCCACAUCUCGCGUUCCCAAGAAACACUGGAUCAGUCCCGCCGAAGAUCAUCUACAGUGCAAUCUAUGGAUUUGUCAAUCUCGGGUCGAGUGAGCGUGCGUCCAAUCCACCCCAGCAUCCUCCACAAACAGUUCUGCUUUCAAGUCAUGUCUCCACAUGAGAUCAAGUACUUUUCUUGUCGAAGCGCAGAUGAGCUUAACAAAUGGAUAAAUAGCAUCAAGAAGUCCAUUCAGCCAACUCGUGACCAGCAGCAUAGAAUCGAUGUUGGAAUGAGUGUCUGGGUCGUGGAAGCAAAAGGCUUGUCUACUAAAUCAAAGAAGAGAUAUUAUUGUGAAAUUCUUCUUGAUAAGGACUUGUAUGCAAGAACCACUACUAAAACAAAAGCUGAUAGUUUAUUCUGGGGAGAGAACUUCAACUUUGAAGAUUUACCCGAUUUUUCCAAACUGACUGUCAACCUCUACAAAGACAGCGACUCUAAAAACAAAAAGGACAAGAGAAAAGUUAUUGGCUCUGUUGAUGUUAUGGUUGAGAACCUUGACAACAAUCAAGAGGUCGAAAAAUGGUAUCCUGUUACCAUAGCAACUAAUAAAGGAACCAAUGGCGAGGCGCCUAGUAUACGACUCAAGAUUAAAUAUCAGAGAAUCUCCAUCCUACCAUUGAAGGCUUACAAUGAACUGCUCUCUUACAUCAAGAAUAACUAUAUAUUGUUGUGCGAGACGUUGGAAUCUGCAGUUAGCUCCAAGGUUAAGGACGAGAUUGCCGGCAUUAUCCUGCGAGUCUUACAACCAAUAGGAAAAGCACAGGAAUUCCUGGUGGACAUUGUGAUGAACGAAGUAACCAAACUUGCGGACGAAAAUCUAGUGUUUCGUGGAAACUCCUUUGCAACUAAAGCUAUGGACACUUACAUGAAGAUGGUGGGCGAUUCGUAUUUACAAGAAACACUCGGUAACCUCAUCGCUUCAGUCUACGGUACCAAUCAAGAUUGCGAGGUUGAUCCUUCAAAAUUAACGGUUAACAUCGACAGUAACAGGCAAAAUCUCAAGGCAUUCGUGGAAAAAACCUGGAUCAAUAUUCUUAAUUCAUCGAGUUUUUUCCCCAGAGACCUUCAAGAGACGUUCCACGAGUUUCAGAAACGAUGCGCAGAUCGAAAUAAAGACUUGAGCAACAAUCUGAUCAGUUCUUCAAUCUUCUUACGCUUCUUGUGCCCUGCUAUUUUAUCGCCAAGUUUAUUUCACCUAGUACAAGAAUAUCCAAACGAGAAAACAUCAAGAACUUUGACGCUAAUCGCGAAAGUCAUUCAAAACCUGGCGAACUUUACAAGAUUUGGUGGUAAAGAGGAGUACAUGGAGUUCAUGAAUGAAUUCGUUGAGAAUGAGUUUGAGCAAAUGAAACAAUUUCUCGAUAAAAUCUCGGCCCAACCUAAUGCGCGGGAAAACCACUAUGACGGUAGUAUUGACCUUGGGAAGGAACUGACUGUUCUUUACCACACCCUGAAAGAACAAAUGAGUAAACUUAACCAGGAUCUGCAAGACCAUCUUCGUCCUCUUCAGUUCGUCCUCAAAUCCCUACAAGAAUCAUACAACGAUGUCGACCGAACUACUACUGAUAACACCGACUCCGUUCCGCCGAAGAAAUGGGCCUCAUCAUCUGACUUGAUAAGCGACCAGACUAAAGAAAACAUUACACUGACUCCUGUUAAUCAAAUGCAACCAACCAAGGCGCAGGAAGAUCCCUUCACAGCUUCACGCCCGGGCUCGGGCAACGAGAGUAGAGUCAGUCCGAGAAGAAUGCCCCGAUUACUACCGACUCCUCAACACCUGAUCGUCUCACCCGAAGAAAUCAUCGUGUCUUCUCCGUGUGACUUCGGAAAUCGUCGAUAUUCGUCGCCGAAUACCCGAAGUUUUUACGAAAAUGAUUUAUCGUCGACUGCUAGCUCGGUUAGUCUUCGUCGCCAUUCGUAUUUGAAUGCUAUUGGCACAGAUGACGAGGAUGAGCCAACUCGACGUUCCACCGAGACAAGUGCUGCAAUAGAGAAAAAGAUACGCAAAGCACAACUGGGACACCCAAGUCAGAUCAAGCAAGGGAACGGAACUCAUUUGAACGGGUAUAAUACUUUACCAACAGGAGAGACGAAAGGGAMGCGUGAUUUAUCCAAAUCCUUCACAGAAACAAAUACCAAAAGUAAGAAGAAAAGCCCCCGAGACAGGCCCUGGUCCCUAGUUUUGGAUUAUCAGUCGAGUCCCAAAGAGGCAAGGCCUUCCACACCACCUGUUAUAAUGGACCGUUCACGCACGUUACUUGUUGCUGAUUCCCCGAGGACACAACAAAAAGCGUCCCCUCUAGCAAUCAUUGAUUCUAUAACCCGUAGCCACACGGAACGAGACUCUGAUCAAAGCUCUCCCAGUUCGUCACCGUUGCCACAGAGACGAACACCACAGCACUCUCCGAGGUUACUACGAGCACGCUCCGAGAAGACACCCGAGCUCAAACAGGUUGCGCGUACCCCAUCUGCUACUAGUAGUAGUUCCAGUGAGAGUAGUGGAAGCUGGCGUAGCUCUAGUUUUGGGAGCAGUGGUACGGCUGAUAAAGUACGAAGGAGACACAUUCUGCCAAGUACACCCAACAUGGAUGGACCUCGGAGGGAGUCCAGGUCAACGACGGGAUCAAGAGAGGAUGACGGUAAAGACGACAGUUUAUUUUCUCAAAAUGCAGUCAUUCACGAGGAACAAGAUAAAUCCGACUUAUUAAAGGAGCUAGAGGAAACGAAACGAGCUCUUGCUUCCACUCAAGAACAACUUGUAUUACAAGAGUCCAGUACGCAUAAAUUAGUAGCGUCGUUCAAGGAACGCCUGGCAGAAACGGAGGAGAACUCAGAGAAAGCGCGCGAAGAUAAAAAUAAGGAAAUAAAAGAGUUACUAGAUAGAUUAGUCAGUGUCGAAAACGAACUUGAAAAAGAACGAGAGGAAAUGCAAAAAGUGGUUCAGGCAAAACAACGAAUUAUCGACGCACAAGAGAAACGAAUCAAGUCCCUUGAGUCGACCAACUCGCGACUUGUAGCCACACUCAACCAGCUGAAGUCCAAACAAGAUAAAGAUCGAUCGAAGCAGAUGGACAAGAAAGAACAGAAAGUAUCGAUUGAAGAACAGAAAGAUGAAUAUGUUUGACUAAAAAGAUAGCACUUGCUUACGUGGUGUCUCACGUGAUAGUCACGUGCCUAAAAGAAUUUUUAAUUAUGGUUGAUCACCUGAUCUUUUAUAUGUCGUAAAUACAAUUUAAAAUUUUUUUAAUAAUAAUAAUAUUAGCAUAAAUAUAAAAAUCUGAGCAGAAGUUGUAUUCUUUUAUUCAGUUCCGCCAUUUUUGUGCGAGCGUGUGCGAUGAAAAUAGGCCAUUUCACGGAUCCUGUUACUCAACUUCAGCCUCGUCAGCGUGUAAUUAUUCUUUAGAAUUUGACUACAGUCCGCAGUAAUGAAAGGAAUUUACACAUCAACGAACAAUUGAAACACUUGAAAAUUUCACAGGUUGUAGGCAAUUUCUAAAGAAUAUAAGCCUUCUAUACCUUUAGGUUUGGUAAGCGGAAUUACUUUAUUACUCAUGCGCCAUCAAGCAAAAAGUAAGAACCAAAAAAACAUGAAUGAGAUAAAUUUAUAACAAACACGCAAUUUUGUAUUAAACCAAUUAUAAAUACGAA